AUGGAUUCGGUGGAAGAAGAUUUUGAAGAUGGCGAGUGGCCAUUCGGAGAAUUUGGUGAGCCCGGAGAAGUGUUGUCUCAAUUUGGGUCAGCAUGCACCAAGAUCAGUGAACUAUUGGCUUCCGCUGACAAAACGGCGGGAGAAUACUCGUUUGGAGGGCAAGCGGAGACGUUGCCUGUUGCUCCGGGCAUUGUAGUAGAUGGGGUGGGGACAAUUGGCGUUCCGUUGAGCCAAGAGCAAGCUGAAAAGUUGAUCACGAAGUGUGAGAAGUCUCCUUUCGGACACAACUACAACACCAAAAUGGACGAGAACGUUCGUAAAUCCUGGCAGCUGGCACCGGAUCAAGUGGAGAUCACGAACACACUCUGGGCUCCUGGCCUCGAGGAACUCACUAAAACUAUUGGCCAGCGCUUGGGAUACGACUCGGUGCCACUUGAAUGUUCCCUCUACAAGUUCCUGGUCUACGGAGAAGGCGGCCACUUCGUCAAGCACCAGGACACUGAGAAGGAAGAAGGCAUGAUUGCCACCUUGGUUGUUCAGCUGCCAAGUAUCCAUGAAGGGGGAGACCUUGUAGUGUAUCGCGGCGGGAAAGAGCGAUACCGCCACGACUUCGGUAAGGCAGAGGGAACAGCGGCAUUUUUGCCACACUAUGCAGUUCACUACGCUGAUGCGGAGCAUGCCCUGGAAGAGGUUACGAAGGGAUACUGCCUAGCUUUGGUCUACUCGAUAUGCCUGCCCUCGACGAUGCGGAACCUGAAGAAAUAUUCUAACUCCCCCACCAGUGACGACCUCGUGGAUGCUAUCAGCGAAAUGGUCGAGGGGAAAGAGUAUUUUUCAUUGUUCUUGGAGCAGGAGUACACCGCGUACAGCAUUGAAAGUUUCGGCACCGGGGCACUGAAACACAUUGACAGUGCGAGAUUUCGGGCGCUGAAUGAAGCGAACGCUGCCGUUCCUGACGACAAGAAGCUGGAGUUUUUCCUCGCCAAGCUGUCGCACAAGGUCACCUCGGGUCCGAAAGACGGGUACAAUAGUUUCAGUGGCUGGAAGGGAAUGUUGCGCGAGCAAUCCAUCGACUGGUAUUCUUCGAGUGGAGAGUGUCUAGAAAACACGGAGGAUGAAAAGUUGGGCUGCUUCCUCAAUUUCUUGAAUCCGACCCAAGCAACUUUCGCUCAACUGUGGGGGCGCUACGGAAGCAGUACUGAAAUACCCUACACCGGUAACGAGGGCCCUACCAAGCACACGGAGUACUCCAGAUUCGCGCUUGUGGCGUGGCCGGCAGUGCAACGCGUUGAGGCCGCACUGGAGAUUAUGUCUGUGGAAGUUGCUGUCGAGGCUUUGAUGGCUCGAAGACCCGUUGGUGCCGCGGACCUUCGCGCGUUUCUUGACAAGGCAAGUAAGCGGAUGGCUGCGGCUAAAGGCAAAUGGGCGAACAAGGAGAAGGCGUCAGUGAGGUUUUGUCGGUCUUUCAUCGAGUUGCUGAUAGAAGCUGGAGAUCCCGACCUGGCGACGUUGUUCGUCACCAGGUUUUGCCCCCGCCUUGGUCUGUUAAAUGAGAAUACGUCCCUUAUCCCAGGGAUAACCAAGAUCUUGAAGACAUUUGAUUGGAAUGAGAUUGGGGCGGCGAUGCUGGAUGUGCUCAGGGAAAAGAAUCAGGAGUUCCUGAGGAACGGAGACUCGGCACUGGAACUGACGCUGCAAGUACUUGACGGAUUGGACGAUGGAGCUGCUCGGCAAGCGCUACUCAAGCUGGCGAUGGCGUUAACUAUAGAAGCUGAUACCAAGCCGCCUCCUAGAGGGGUCAAGCCGGUCGAUUUGAACUCUCCCAAGGUCACUGGAAUCCUGUCGAAGCAUGCUCUCGGCGCCAGUGACAACAGUAUAUUCGAGACAUUGGCCAACCACUUUAUGCAGAAAGACCCGAAGGAUCUGGGCCCAAUGCUCGAGGCUUGUUCCCAGUAUGUUGGCGACCUGGACGAAGAGAGUGAUCGAUUCUCUACACUCGCGGCGAUUGCGGCAAAACGGAUCGAGUGGUUGAAGAGCGAGAUUCAGCGAUUGGAUAGAGCGUUCUCUUGGGAAAUGCCCGAUGCCGUGUUCCCCGAGAACCCGAAGAUUGAGGCGUUUCUUCGUGGUACUGACACCUCCGUGAACACUGUGGGUUUGAAGGCGUUCAACAGUCUCCCGGAAGCGCGGAAGUACGCUGCAGACUGUGUGCAAAAUGGGGCGUCCUUCACCAUGAAACCUGCUGGGAAAGGCAAGAAGGCGUUCGUGACGAUCACGAAGACGAGGAAGUGGUAUAAUGAUUGCCAGAAAAGUGUGCGCGAGUACCAGACCGAGGUGGAGAACCUGGUGCAGCUAUACAAGUUUGGCAGCCCAGCGAAAAAAGCACGCACCGAGUAA